UCAAACAGAAUCUCUCAGCUGGAAUUUCCUCCCCAUCUUUCCCCUUGGCUAGACGCACUGGCCCAAGGAUGAGCCAUGUAAUCACCAGUCUGCCUUGCACGGCCCCUCUGUUGACAGGCACGAAGGGUGUGCCAUGGGCAGGCCAGACUCGGCUCUUGCCUCCGUGGGGCUGAUCUGAUGGCAGAGUUAGACACCACCCACACAAGGAAACACCGAGGCAAAUUGUGGCAAAUGGCAUAAAAGAAAUAAAGGGCAGUAUGUGAGUAUAAGGCAGAGAGCUGUGGUCCAUUCUAAGAGUCAGGAACACUUGCCAGAAAAGUCUUUAGAACUGACAUCUGGUUGGUAUGCAAAGGGGGUACCAGUGUUCCUAGGAGGCAAGGGUCACGCAUCCCUUGGGGAGCGGGGAGGAAGCCAGUGGGCUGAGGCACAGAGACCGAGGAGGCAGGUGAGCAGGGUCCCGACUGCACUUGGUCUCACGCGUUAGACAAAGACCCUGGUCUUUAUCUUCAGGCCAGUGAGAGCCGGCGGAGAGUUCAAUCUAAUAUAGAAGCAACGUGCUGAAGAAGUGAUGGCAGUGCAGUGACGGUGAGGAUGGUGGUGGCGGGGGUGACAUUGAGGGGAUGGCGUCUGUGGGGGUGACUGGUGGUGAUCAAGGUGAUGACGAGGAUGUGUUCACCGAGAUGCUGGUGACGAAGAGUCCAGGGCCAGUGCCUGCCCGGGAGGCCGAGGCAGGACCAUCCGGGAAACUGACGCAGUGAGGUGGACAGAAGAGAUCGCUGGGGGUAAGUCUGGCCUCCUCUCUGCUACUUAUUUGCUGGGUGAUCUUGAGAGAACACACACAGCUCAGCUGUGCCCCAGCCGCCUCUUCGUCAGCAGGACUCCUGAGGAGAGGAGGCAGAGAAACUGCCUGGCAUCUGGCAGCGGCUGCAGCAGUUCCCUCUGUGGCCCGGCGACUCACAGGCAUGCAGACAUGUGACCGUGAGCCCCGGGGGUGGAGACUCCUCCACGGCCACAGUUCUGCAGCCUGUUCAGGUGACACGGCCAGUUGCUGAGAGACACUGUGUUACUGCCAUGAGACCGAGAGCCCCCGUCCAGGUCACCCGUCCAACCUGGCAGUCCUGGCUGCCAGCUGCCUACGGAGUAGCCGUGCAAGGUGGGGGCUCUGCUGGGAGGCUUCAGGGCUGCCUCUGCCCCUGCCCGCUGCCACACUGGGAAGUCCCUGUGCUGCACUGAUGCCACAUCACUCCCAAGGCUUGCCCGAGCCCGGCAUCUCUGCACGCAGCGCCAGUAAGGACGCCUGCACGCGAGUGCUGCACCCUGAGCAAGUACCGAAGCAACUGCCUGUACCACAGCCUGCCACUCCUGCCAAGGGGCAUGGAGGUUCAGCUGGCACCUUGCCCCCAGGGCACCACAGCCUGGCCAGCCUCUGACCGGCUCAUCAGCCAGCCCCCCUGCCUGCCCCAGGCAGCCAGCAACACCUCCCUGCAUCCUGGAGACCUCAGGGUGCCCACCUCUGAGCUGCGCUGGCUCUUCCUUCCCUUCGGCCUCCUGGCUGCAGCCACGCUGGCUCUGAGCCCCCUGCUGCUGGUGACCAUCCUACGGAGCCGGAGGCUGCGGCGGGAGCCCCACUACCUGCUGCUGGCGAACAUCUUGCUCUCGGAUCUGGCCUACCUGGUCUUCCACUUGAUUAUCUCCUCCAGCAACCUGGGCAGCUGGGCCCUGGGCCGCAUCGCCUGUGGCAUCCUCUCAGAUGCCAUAUUUGUUGCCUACAACAGCACCAUCCUGUCCUUUGUGGCCACUGUGCUGCACACCUACCUGGCAGUGGCCUGUCCUCUGCGCUACCCCUCCUUCAUGUCCUGUGAGGCCGCGCGGAAGGCAGUGGCCCUCAUCUGGCUGGUGGCCUCCUUCUUCCCCACAUUUUUCAUGUGGCUCAGCAAGCGGCAGGAUGCCAGGCUGGAGGAGCAGGAGCCCUCAUGCAUGCUGAGGCUGAGCCUGGCCAUGGAGCCUGGCGGCGCCCCCCUGACCACUGCCACCCACACCUGCAUCUUGUGCGUCCUCUUUGUAUGCACAGCUCUCAUCACCUACUGCUUUUGGAGGAUCUAUGCAGAGGCUAGGACUUCAGGUACCUGCACGCAGGGCUAUUCCCGGGCCAGGGGCACCCUGCUUAUCCACACAGUGCUAAUCGCACUGUAUGUCAGCCCAGUGGUGGUGUUUUCCCUGGACAUUGUGCUGACCAAGUACCACCACAUCAGUGCCAGGACACACAUGUGGCUCAUGGCCGCCAACAGUGAGGUACUCACCAUGCUGCCCCGUGCGAUGCUCCCCUACCUGUACACACUCCGCUACCAGCAGCUUCUGGGGAUGGUCCGGGGCCACUUCUCUUCCAGGAGGCACAGUGACAUCUUUGCUAUUUCUCAGAACAACAGACUUCACAGUCUGGCAGGAUGAAGUAAAAAAUUUUAUGUUGGAUGCAUCCGCAUCUAGCUAUGGCCAUCUCCUCAGAACUGUGACACAUCGUCAUGGGACAGGACCUUUAAGAUGACCUCGGUUGAUGGUAUUCAGCCUGUCCACACUUUUUACAAAGAGAAAGCUCUCUUCUAGUGACACCAAAACUCUACUUGAAAAUGGAAGUGCAUACAGGUGACUCAGCAGCAUUCUGGUCAAAGUGGGCAUGAGGUCUCGCCUGUGCCCAUCCAGGCGGUUCCCCCACACCCUCCACAGCCACUGACCAACACUGUGGACAAACAGUGCGGACAAACACACUGAAGCCAAAGCAUUCCUGACAGCCGGAGCGUGUGAAGUCAGCCAAAGAUCUCUGAAUCAGGGAACCAUGGAACUCCAUUCGGGCAGCACCUCAGGGUAUGGGAGGGAGGACAGCAAACCUGGGACCCACCUCUAGUGAGGAGUGUCAUGGAGGCAUCUAUAAAGCUGGCACCCUGCAGAUUACGGUCUCAGGACAAGGACAAUUGACAGAUAAGAGCAAGGGACUCACCUGCCCUGAUCCGGGUGCCUUCAGAAGAGGUAGAAAAUUCCUUGAGAAUUUUUGAGUUGAAGCCACCUGUUGGACAGGGACUAUAACUAGGUUUCAAAUUAUCUCAGUGGCCAAAAUCUUCAGUCUGUGGUGGUGUGGUGGGUGUGAUUCUUCUGGAGGGUGUGAGCUGUAAACUCAGAUCUCAAAGAAUUUCCACAGUAAAAGAAUCCCAAAGAAAAGGAGUUGUACUUAGUCAAAACCCACAAAACUACACAGGUGAUUAAGGCGCUGUGACUGAGAGUGAGAGAAACAAGAAGAUGGCCACACUGGACUCCAGCUCCUUGAAUUAUCAGACACUUGGGUAAUAGAAAAUGUUCCAUAUGUUUUAACACAUGAAAAUAUGGGUGAAAAACAACACAUUUUUUAAAUAACCAAGCAGAUUGGGAAAAGAAUUACAUAGAACUU